UUGUAUAUUUAACAGGAUUUUUAUGUUUGCUUCUAGAAAGCUUGUAAUGCAUUUAAUCAAAGCAGUAUUACUUCUCACCACUGUGAUAGAAAUUGGCAGUUUUCAAAAACACUACAUUGAAAAAAGUUUGUCACCAGUUAGAAGCUAUACAGCAGGUCAUGAACAGGAAACUGCAGUUGCACAGUUGCUGCAAAGAGUAAUUGGUGAGAGAAGCCAAGAUGUUGUUGUUUCUAUUCUACCUGCAGCAUCUGAAUUUGCAACGUUAAGUUAUGCUGGAAAAACAUUGAAAAUAACAGGAAGUGAUGCGGUAUCUGUUGCUUUUGCAUUCAAUCACUAUCUCAAAUAUUACUGCAGAAAACAAAUCUCUUGGGCUGGAGACCAAAUUUCUGACAUUCCUAAUCCUUUACCUCCUGUGCCUGCUGAAGGGGUAACAAUAAAAGCUGGGGUGAAGUAUCGGUAUUAUCAGAAUGUUUGCACUGUCAGUUAUUCUUCAGUGUGGUGGAACUGGACAAGAUGGGAACGAGAGAUUGACUGGAUGGCAUUGAAUGGAAUAAAUCUUCCUCUUGCAUUUACUGGGCAGGAGGCAAUAUGGGAGAGAGUUUAUAAAAAGCUUGGGUGUUCGGAUGAGGACAUCAAAAAGCAUUUUGCUGGACCAGCUUUCCUAGCAUGGGGUAGAAUGGGGAACCUCCAUGGUUGGGGAGGACCCCUGCCAUCCUUCUGGAUCAAGAGCCAACUUAUCCUGCAGCACCAAAUCCUGAUCCGGAUGAGAUCACUAGGAAUGAUUCCUGUCCUUCCUGGGUUUGCAGGACACAUCCCUUCAGCGAUUCUAAAUCUUUAUCCAAAGGCUGAUGUUAUACAGCUUUCUCAUUGGAGUCACUUCAACUGCACUUAUUCUUGCACUUACCUGUUGCAACCACAUGAUCCACUUUUCAAUACUAUUGGUAGCAUGUUUAUCAAGGAGCAAAUGUUAGAAUACAACGGCACCAACCAUAUUUAUAAUGCCGACACUUUCAAUGAGAUGACACCACCUUCCAGUGACCCUGGAUAUCUAUCUAAUGCAAGCAGGGCAGUGUAUGAUGCAAUGGCAGUAGCAGAUCCAGAUGCUGUUUGGCUUAUGCAAGGUUGGCUGUUUCAUCACGAACCAACCUUUUGGAAGACAGCUCAGAAAAAAGCUCUUUUGACUGGAGUUCCUAAGGGCAAAAUGCUAGUAUUGGAUCUGUUUUCUGAAUCUUACCCCCAAUAUUUACCAGACUGGUACUUUGGUCAACCAUUCCUGUGGUGCAUGUUGCAUGAUUUUGGGGGAAAUAUGGGUUUCUAUGGAAAAAUUAAUACUGUGAACACACAACCAGGAAUCGCUCUCACCAGUGUAAACUCAACCAUGGUUGGAACUGGUGUAACUCCUGAAGGUAUCAACCAAAACUAUAUGAUCUAUGAUUUUAUGUUGGAAACUGGUUUCACUGUGCAUUCUGUCAAUGUUACAAACUGGUUAAAAGAAUAUACAAUGAGAAGGUAUAACACAAGUAGUCCCGAAGCCAUAAAAACAUGGAAUAUACUUGGUAACACAAUCUACAACGACACGAAACCUGGUUUUCCUUCAAAAAGUCUGAUACGUGGUUCACCAGUAAAAAGACCCACGUUGGAUAAUCCUGGUCUUCCAUAUUGGUACCAAUACUCCAGCCUUGCAUUGGCUUGGGACAAUUUCUCACAAUCUUUAAAUACUCUAAAAGAUCUGGAGACAGUUAGGUAUGAUGCUGUAGACAUUACAAGACAAAUGUUGCAGGCAGUUCACAGACUCCUGUACUAUGCAAUGGUUGAGGAAUUUCUAUGGAAAAGAGAUCCUGGUAAACUUGGAGAACAACUGUUAGAUUUGCUGGAUGAUUUCGACAAAAUGUUGUGCAGUGAUGCACAUUUUAGUAUGGGAAAGUGGAUUCAAGAUGCAGUUUAUUUCAGCGAUAUUUCGUUCUGGAAACCUACUAUUUCCGACGGACGGGUCUUCGUUUGUAAGAUAACCACACACUCGUGCGGGCUUGACGAAAGGCGCAUGCGACAUAGCUACUGUGACGUCACUCGCCAGGCAAUCGGAUUCGACCGUUUCUCAUUACACGGACUCGCCAAACGCGCGUUUAAAUGUAUGUUAUUCUACAGCCUUGCAUUGGCUUGGGACAAUUUCUCACAAUCUUUAAAUACUCUAAAAGAUCUGGAGACAGUUAGGUAUGAUGCUGUAGACAUUACAAGACAAAUGUUGCAGGCAGUUCACAGACUCCUGUACUAUGCAAUGGUUGAGGAAUUUCUAUGGAAAAGAGAUCCUGGUAAACUUGGAGAACAACUGUUAGAUUUGCUGGAUGAUUUCGACAAAAUGUUGUGCAGUGAUGCACAUUUUAGUAUGGGAAAGUGGAUUCAAGAUGCAAAAAUACUGGGAACCACUGCUGAGGAGAAGGAUUUGUAUGAAUACAAUGCAAGGAUACAAGUUACUCUGUGGGGUCCGAAUGGUGAAAUUCUGGACUAUGCAAGCAAACAUUGGUGUUCCCUUGUCAAACAUUACUACAGGCCAAGAUGGGCUUUAUUUGUCAGCUAUUUAAAUCAUGCCUAUGCCACCAAAUCAAAGUUUGACCAUAAGGCUUUUGCAUCUGAUGUAUUUACCAAUGUGGAAGAACCUUUCACUAAAGACAGAAGUGUUUUUCCUUCUACCGCAACAGGCAAUGCAAUUGAAUUAGCAAAAGACAUGUAUAUCAAGUGGAGACCUUUUCUCAAUGAUGUGUAAACAUAUUAUGAAGUCAUAUGCAAUUGUGCAAUAAUCUUUUUAUGCAAUUGAAGCAAGAGUUUUCAAUCCCAUGCAGCAUCAAAAGAAUGUGUUUUAAACUUUAAGAAUGUAUUUUGAACUCGAGUUCUAAAAAUAAACUUUUUAAUUGACCAACA